AUGGGCAACCUGGGGAUCAAACCCGGAACCUUCUUGCUAGACAAGGAGGCAACGCCACCAGGCAAGAAUACAAGUCCCCUAUACAAAGAAGUGAACAGAUCUGACCGUGUGAACGGGUCUGACCGUGUGAACGGGUCUGACCGUGUGAACGGGUCUGACCGUGUGAACGGGUCUGACCGUGUGAACAGGUCUGACCGUGUGAACGUGUCUGCUCACGUGAACGGGUCUGCUCACGUGAACGGGUCUGCUCACGUGAACGGGUCUGCUCACGUGAACGGGUCUGAUCAGGUGAACGGGUCUGAUCAUGUGAACAUCUCUGAUCAUGUGAAGAGGUCUGACCAUGUGCACAAAUCUGACCAUGUGAACAUGUCUGAUCAUGUGAACAGCUCUGAUCAUGUGAACGGGUCUGACCAUGUGAACAUGUCUGAUCAUGUGAACAGAUCUGAUCAUGUGAACAGGUCUGAUCACGUGAACAUCUCUGAUCAUGUGAACAGAUCUGAUCAUGUGAACAGGUCUGAUCACGUGAACAUCUCUGAUCAUGUGAACAGGUCUGACCAUGUGAACAGGUCUGACCAUGUGAACAGAUCUGAUCAUGUGAACGGGUCUGACCAUGUGAACAUGUCUGAUCAUGUGAACAGAUCUGAUCAUGUGAACAGGUCUGAUCACGUGAACAUCUCUGAUCAUGUGAAGAGGUCUGACCAUGUGAACAUGUCUCAUCAUGUGAACAGGUCUGAUCACGUGAACAUCUCUGAUCAUGUGAACAGGUCUGACCAUGUGAACAGGUCUACUUAUGUGAACAGGUCUGACCAUGUGAAAGGGUCUGUGAGGGAGGGACAGGAGGGGACAUUUCAGUCUCUGUUCUUAACAGCAGGUUUGUGA